AUGUCAUUCAGCCUUCAUGUCAUUCAGCCUUUAUGCCAUCCAGCCUUCAUGUCAUCCAGCAUUCAUGUCAUCCAGCCUUCAUGUCAUCCAGCCUUCACGUCAUCCGACCUUCAUGUCAUCCAGCCUUCAUGCCAUCCAGCCUUCAUGUCAUCCAGCCUUCAUGUCAUCCAGCCUGCAUGCCAUCCAGCCUUCAUGUCAUCCAGCAUUCAUGUCAUCCAGCAUUCAUGUCAUCCAGCCUUCAUGUCAUCCAGCCUUUAUGCCAUCCAGCCUUCAUGCCAUCCAGCCUUCAUGCCAUCCAACCUUCACGUCAUCCGGCCUUCAUGUCAUCCAGCCUUCAUGCCAUCCAGCCUUCACGUCAUCCAGCCUUCACGUCAUCCAGCCUUCACGUCAUCCAGCCAUCGUAUCAUCCGACCUUCAUGUCAUCCAGCCUUCAUGCCAUCCAGCCUUCAUGCCAUCCAGCCUUCACGUCAUCCGACCUUCAUGUCAUCCAGCCUUCAUGCCAUCCAGCCUUCAUGCCAUCCAGCCUUCAUGUCAUCCAGCCUUCAUGUCAUCCAGCCUUCAUGUCAUCCAGCCUUCAUGUCAUCCAGCCUUCAUGUCAUCCAGCCUUCAUGUCAUCUAGCCUUCACGUCAUCCGACCUUCACGUCAUCCGACCUUCACGUCAUCCAGCCUUCACGUCAUCCAGCCUUCACGUCAUCCAGCCUUCACGUCAUCCGACCUUCAUGUCAUCCGACCUUCACGUUCGCUCCGCCUUCGAGGCCGUCCGGAGGCCGGCGAUACCUGCGCUAGAUUACAGGUGGCUUCGAGCCUUAUUAUAG